ACUGGACUCCACUCUGGACCCAGACUUAAACUGGGACUAACCAGUGCAGGACAAAAAUAAGACGACGACCUUCCAGUUGAACGUAAACCUCCACAGGACCAGAGAUCAGCGAUCAAUAAUCAAUACAGCUGCAGGGACUGAUCGAUCUUCUGCUGUUCUCCAGGUUCAACAUCCUUAUCAUGAGUCUGACCUCCAAUGACCUCACCGAGCUCAUGGAGCUGUGGGAGGAGUUAAACCUGACGGCGGCUGACCACCACAACCUGUCCCACGUGGAGACUGUGCUGUGUUCAGGCGCCAUCAGCCAUGGCGCCUUCCUCCACGUCCUCUCUGUCCUAUACGUCUUCAUCUUCCUGGUGGGCGUCGCCGCCAACGCCCCGGUGGUCUGGUUGAACCUGCGCUCUGACAGGAACCGCCAAGAGACGCAUCUGUACAUCCUAAACCUGGCCGUGGCCGACCUGUGCGUCGUGGCCACACUGCCAGUGUGGGUGGCGUCGCUGCUGCAAGGCGGGCAGUGGCCGUUCGGCGAGGCCGUGUGUAAACUCAGCCACCUGGUCUUCAGCGUCAACCUCUUCAGCAGCAUCUUCUUCCUCUCCUGCAUGAGCGUUGAUCGUUACCUUUCCAUCAGGCUGCUGGCCGACGCCCCCAUCAGCCGCAGGAAGAAGCUGCUGCGGCGGCUGGUCUGUGUUCUGGUCUGGCUGCUGGCGCUGGCGGCCUCUGCCCCCGACACCUACUUCCUCCAGGCGGUCAAGUCAUUGCACCAUGAGGGCGCUGUCUGUCGGCCGGUUUAUCCACCCGGCAACCCGAGAGACUGGAUGGUCGGCGUCCAGCUCAGCUUCAUCAUCCUCGGCUUUGCCGUCCCCUUCCCCGUCAUUGCCGUCUUCUACCUGCUGCUGGCAGGGGCCGUCCCUCCCAGCUCAGACCGGGAGCGCUGUGUCAUUCUGGCCUACAUCGUGGUGUUCCUCGUGUGCUGGCUGCCGCUCCACGCCGUUCUUGUGCUGGACACACUGUCUCUGCUCCAUGUCCUGCCCUUCAGCUGCCAGCUGGAGAACUUCCUGGACGUGGCGCUGCACCUGACACAGUGUCUGUCUCUGGUCCACUGCUGCGUCAACCCCGUCCUCUACAAUGUCCUCAACAGGAACUACAACUACGACCUCAUGAAGGCCUUCAUCUUCAGGUACUCCACCAGGACGGGGCUCGCCAGGCUCGUCCACGCCUCCGAGAGCGAGUACUCGGCGGGGACGAUGGACAACAUGCCAAUGUGAACUCGUGUGAAGACCCAGAAACCUCCUGUCCAGUCCGUCCAUGUCUCAUGGACUGAGGACUCUGUGGACACGAUGGACAGUGUCCCAGUUUGAACCAAGGACAUCUGAAGAUGUCUUGUACCUGCCUGUGGGACCAGGUGAUAUUCUGCUACAUCCUGGUCUUCCUGGAAAUCUGGAUCACAAAGACUGAUGUAAAUAUUUGAUGUUAUAUUCUGCGAAUAUAUUUUUAUCAUCUUUUAUAAUUGAUUGUUUUUUCUAUUUGCUCAAUCAUGUACAGGAAGUUUAAUUGGUAAAGGCUAAAAUCAAGGUCAUUCAGUGAUGCGCAGGCAGGACGACACCUCAUAUAAUAAUAAUGAUAAUAUAAUCUAAUAAUAAUGAUGAUAAUAUUAUUAUUAUUAUUGAUAAUUCAUUGAUACAUUUCUCCAUCACUGAGCCUUGAGACUUUCAAGGAUCAUAAACAUGACUUCAUCCUGAGUCUGAGUCCUGACACAUUUCAUCUGUGACUCAGACAAACAUGGAGACACGUUGUCUACCUGUGCAGCUGCUUCUUCAGGACUGUGUUUACCUGUGUGUGGUCAUCAGCUGCAGGUGUGACGGCCUCAAUCACAGAGCUGUGAGGUGACAGAGAGGUGCCACUCUGACUCCCAGAACACA